UGUGUAUGAAAGGAGGAGGAAACUUCCCCGUCCCCGUAUAAUUUGGGAAAGAUAGGUUUUGAAAACACUUGUUUUUUACUCCUACCUAUAGAGUCUCUGGGUGCUCCUCUUUCUCAACAAACCCCACCCAGUGCACCCACCCCCCCCAGAUCUCUCUCUCUCUCAACUUACUUUACUGGGACGCCUGCCUGUCUGCCGGCCGCAGAAAGGAUAUAGGUAUUCACAAGAACACAUUCAUGGAGGAAGCUGGUCGUAAUGUUUCUUCUACUACUAGUCCUGGGAAUGUGACGAUCAACAGUAGAAUUGAUGAGAGCAGCAGGAGGGAGCUCCUCUCUCCGCCGCUCGUCGUCGGUGACAGCGAUCAGGCUUCAUGGAGACUCAGCGUCAAAGAGUUCGCUUUGCCGGAACGCCGUCACUCCAAUCACAACUCUUGUUUUAAUUUCAUCCGCCGCCGUAUUCGCCCUUCAUGGAAACAAGGCAAGAUUGCUGAAUAUUAUGAAAAGCAAGAAAGGCUACUUGAAGGUUUCACCGAGAUGGAAACAAUGAACGAAUCAAGUUGUUUGCCUGGAAGUCUAACAGAGGAUGAAAAGAAGCAUCUUGCCAGGAGUGAGAGAGUGGCAAUACAUGUGUCAAACACUGCUAAUUUGGUGCUUUUCAUGGCAAAAGUAUAUGCUUCCUAUGAGAGCAGAUCAUUGGCAGUUAUUGCUUCAACCCUCGAUUCUUUCUUGGACCUCUUAUCUGGGUUUAUUCUGUGGUUCACUUCUCAUGCCAUGAAAACCCCAAACCAGUAUCACUAUCCAAUUGGAAAGAAGAGGAUGCAACCAGUAGGUAUAAUUGUCUUUGCGUCUGUAAUGGCAACUCUUGGAUUGCAAAUAUUGCUAGAGUCUGCUCGGCAACUCAUUGCAAAGAAUGGCCCUGAGGUGAACCAUGAGAAGGAAAUGUGGAUGAUUGGGAUUAUGGUUUCUGUCACGGUGGUGAAGUUUGUGCUCAUGCUCUAUUGCAGAAGCUUCAAAAAUGGAAUAGUUAGAGCCUAUGCUCAAGAUCAUUUGUUUGAUGUUGUCACUAACUCAGUUGGAUUAGCAACAGCUGUCCUAGCAAUUCAAUACUACUGGUGGAUUGAUCCUACUGGGGCCAUACUGAUAGCCUUGUAUACGAUUGGCACGUGGGCACGGACAGUUCUUGAAAAUGUGCAUUCACUAAUUGGAAGAACAGCUCCACCAGAUUUCCUUGCGAAACUGACGUAUCUUAUAUGGAACCACCAUGAAAAGAUCAAGCACAUUGAUACGGUCAGAGCAUACACUUUUGGUUCACAUUACUUUGUGGAGGUUGACAUAGUCUUGCCAGAGGACAUGCUUUUAAGCCAAGCGCAUAACAUAGGCGAAACACUGCAAGAAAAGCUCGAGCAACUCUCUGAAGUCGAGCGAGCUUUUGUGCACAUAGAUUUUGAGUUCUCUCAUAGACCGGAACACCAGAGCAACGUGUGAUGAUAACGAUGCUGCUGGUGGUGGUAGGACGGAUGAAGAAGGCUCUCUUAUGUUAUAGAGCUGAAGGGCCCCUUCAAUUACAUCUAAAUUCUGUUCGACUAAUUCUGUUCGACUCUGUUUCUUUGGCUUGGACUCCCUUCUAAAGCUAAUCAAAUUUUCACUUUGGAUA